GACUCGGGAAGAAUGUAUAAUAAUGUUAUACUUUCGUUGGCCAUGAGCUUAUUACCAGUGCUGGCCAUUGGUUUUGUGGCCAUUUUAGUAAUUUAUAAAAUUUAUAUUAAAAUACGUUCACGCUUCAGUAUCACCGUCAAUUGUUGGUUCUGCAAUCAAAAUACCAAAGUACCCUAUUUGGAAUCGAAUAGCUGGGUAUGUCCAUCGUGUGAACAAUAUAAUGGCUUCGACAAGGAUGGUGACUAUAAUCGUGAAAUCUAUGAACAAUUGGAUUGCAGUGGCAUCUCAGAGAAGAGAUUUAAUGUUAGCCAACCAUCAUCAUCGGGGUCAUCUGGGUUUCCCCAAAAGCCGGCAACAAAUGGUUUCUGUGAUAUUUGCAAUGAGGCCCAGCGUUUGAAGGUGGAAAAAUUGGCACAAUUUGAACCCAAGAAUGAAUCUCACUUUGAUGAGGAAUUAAAAGUUUAUCAAGCCGAAUUGGAAAAACAAUAUGGCCUAUGUUCGACCUGUGACCGCCAUUUGAAUAAAGUCUUACGCGAAAAGAAAAAAAUGGUAUUGGGUUCGAAAUUUUUGGAUUUUAUUAUUAAAGGAGCCGAAAAUAUGAAGAAACCACAUCUAACCAAAAUUGAACAUGCCAUACAACAGACACGAAAGCAAAAAUUACGCACCUGUAUUAUUGUAUUGACAUUUUUGAAUAUUUGUUGUCUUUUUAGUUCGUUACACAGUAGCGGCAGCAGCACUACAUUGAAAAGAGAACAUGUUACAAAUAUUUUGGGUGAAUCAUUGGGAAAACCGAUAUUUUUAGUGGCCUCUCACAUUAUUGCCCUUACAAAAGUUUUGGCCUCAUAUUGGGAUGUUGUAAAACAAUUCAAUAUUAUUGUUAAAAUUUCAUUAUUUUCCAAAACCAUAUUUAUGAUGUUAAUGUAUUCGAUGGGUCUGAAAGUAAAUAAUUUAAAUUUCUCAACAUUAUUUGUGGGUGCUUAUCCAUUUGCUUUGUUGGCUCUUUGUUUUGUGCAUAAUAUUGUAGAUAGUUUUCGUUUGACCAGAUAUACUGUGCUGCUGGUUAUAUGGAGCAUUUUUGCUGGUGGCUUAGUUGAUCAGGGAUUGUCAUUGUCACCACAAUUUUUAAUGUUUCUGGCAUCUACAAUAACCUUUAUUAUGGCUUUGAGCACAAAACCGGAACCCUCACCCAAGCUACACGACAAUACGGCCAAUAGUUUCCAUAAGAUUUAUUCUGAAGAUUAUUUAAGCGAUGAUGAAACGAUGAGCAUGCUGAGCCAACAAUUAAAUGGUAGCUGUGUAUCGAUGCGCAGUGUAAAAUCAAAUAAAUCAUCACCAAUUCGUCCAAAUACCAGCACCUCACCGCGUUUGGCCAAAUCGCCAUUAACCUCAUCGGCAUUUUCCCUAAAUCAAUUACCAAGGAGACAAAUUUCACCAAAUUCCAGUUUUAGAAGCUAUGCUGGAGAAGAUCAAACGUUGAGGCCGGUGUUUGCCACACCUAUGCCAAUGCCACCAACGCGUCAAGGCCUAUUUGCCUCAGAUUUGCAAUUGAAUAACAGACCAACACAUCAUGGUUCCACAUUUGGUUUAAAUACUUCAAUGACAGCUGCUAAUGUAUUUAAUAAUUCAUUUGCGGAAGGCAGGGAACAGCAACACUCCCGUUUAAUCAAUCAAACUCAGGACAACGAUGCAUCAUUCUUUACGGCUGGAAAUACGACCACAGUGUUUAAUGGAGACAAUACCUUUGCCCAGCAGCAGCAGCCUAUACAACAACAACGUAUUACCUCGGGUAUUUUUUCACCAUUUUCAGCCUCAACCAGUGCGGUGUAUCAACAAACUAAUCAAAAUACAACUACAAGACCAAACAGGCUGCUCUCCCCCACCCGUUUUAGUACCACCAAUUUAGCCCAUAACAACUCAACCACUUCCUCAUGGCUUGCGGGUGGUUAUUUCAAUCAACGACAAUCAAUGUCGGAAAUUCCAAGGAAUGGUUUACUACUACAAACAGCCGUUGCCAGCCCCCUGACACCCAUGGAUGAAGGUCUAUCGCGAGCAUCGUCACAUUCUUCGGGAUUUGAAUCACAACAUGGUGGUGCAGGAAAUCCAAUGUCAAGAGAAAAUUCUAUAUGUCCAGAUAUGAAUGACUAUCAUCAGAGAACACUAACAAUGGACAACCUAAAUGGUUUCCAACCCAUAGAGUCACCUAGUCUGGGUGCGUUCUCACCAAGACCCUCGGUGCUAUCAAAUCCAUCACUCAACAAUACCAACGCCGCCUCACACAUGAACAGUGAAAUUUGGCGACAAUCUGCAUUUAGCCGAAGGCCCAUCAACUCGGCCACUUCGGUGUUUUCAUCCCGCACAAAUACAGACUCUUUUAAUCUGCGUAAAAUCAACGAAGAACUGCCGCCCAUUAAUAGAGGAGAAUUAUUCCAACAAUGGAAGGAGGGUCAAACAAUAUCAUAA